AAAUGAGAUACACAGUCGACACAGUCUGUUAUGGAGAAAGGACUGUGUUCUGCAAUGAAAUCUGUAUCCAUAAUGAUUUUGAAUACUAAUGCGGCUUAUAGCGCGUGUUCGAAACGUGAAUGAUGAUAGAUCAGAUAUUAUUCGCGAAUAAUUUGAAUAUCGAAUUGUGAAAGUUAAUUAAUUUACCGCAGUGAACACGGGUUUCCUAUAUUGUGUCAUUGACUCGAGAAGAAGUGUCAAAAUCGUUCAAGCUUGACUUGUCUUGUGCUUGCCAAAAGUUUCUUUAGAAAAAGCGCUAGAAAUUUGUUUAUGAAACCUCAUUUGAUCGAACGAAAUUGAACAAUUAAAACUACGUAUUUUUUAGCCAAUCAUUAUUACCAGGCAGAAAACUGUUAUUACUUCUUCAGUAGCUUUACACGGAAACGAAAAGAUGUUGUUAGAUGCACAAUGAAAUUAAUGUCUUUCUGCGAUUAGCUAUCAAUAUGUGCUUAAACAUGAUACUGAUGGAAAAAAGUUACCGAACAAUCAGCAGGAUGUGUUUUGCUAAUGGUUUUUACUACUGAUCGCAUCUUUGCUGAGGUCAGAGAGUAAUGCCGGUUCAUCAGAUCAAUGUUAAUCCGCCUGACUGGCAACCACCUCUGUCUCUUGGUCCUGCCAAUAACAAUAGCCCAGCUACUGGUGAAGGUUUACCAGAAUGGACACCAAGGGAAUCAACAUAUGCAACAGUAGUUACUAUCAUACCAGAUCAUUGUCACUCAUCUGUGAGUACAUUGUCUUCGAGCAAUCAUGAUAUUUGCAGAAUAUGUCAUUGCGAAGGUGAAGAAGGUGCUCCUCUCCUGGCACCUUGUUAUUGUAGUGGCAGUUUGCGCUACGUACAUCAGGCUUGCCUUCAACAAUGGAUAAAAGCUUCAGACACGCGUGCUUGUGAAUUAUGUAAAUUCACAUUUAUUAUGCAUGCUAAAACAAAACCAUUCUGUGAGUGGGAGAAACUUGAAAUGUCAACCCUAGAAGUGCGUAAAUUGUGGCGUGCACUUGCUUUCCAUGCAGUAGCUGCACUUUGCGUGGCUUGGUCUUUAUAUGUACUUGUAGAACGGUCUGUGGAAGAUGCAAGACGUGGGUACGUGGACUGGUCUUUCUGGACUAAGCUAAUAGUUGUUGUCAUUGGUUCUACAGGGGGCUUAGUUUUUAUGUAUAUCCAAUGUAAAACAUACCUUACACUAUGCAGAAAGUGGCGAGCAUUUAACAGAGUAAUAUUUAUUCAAAAUGCUCCUGAGAAAGUGGUGCUUCCUCCCUCACCUACAGACUCUUUGAGAGAAGUAACAUUGCCUCUAAAGGAUCCAACUGCCUCGAUGCCUGAGCUCAAUCACACAUUAUUACCCCGUAACAUAGAUCCUCCAUGUGCCUCGCAGAUGGUAAAACCAGAUUCUGCCGCGCCUCCACAAAGGCACGACGCUCAAUUGAAACUUUAUGUAUUUGAUAAAUUGUCCUCGUCGGAAGACAACUUGUAAUACAGUCGGGGUAAUAUCGACGGCUGCUAAUUUUAUAUUAAUGAUUAACAAAAUGUAAUGCAGACAUAAACGUGUGUCUAGAAUGAGCCGUAAUUCUAGACUAACAAUACGAUUUCGAAAAAUCGAAGUUUCUAUUUCGAAACUGUCAAAUGUCCGCCCUUAUGGAACACCUUUAUCUGAAACUUAGUACUUCAGUGCUUACAUUGACAAUGGGAUAGCUGGAAAUGCCUAGCCAACAGGCUAGGAUAUUCUCAGACAUUUGUGUACAUAAUUAUUGUAUCUGUGAUGUUAUUAAAUAAACUUUACCAUAUUUAAACAAUA